AUGCGUGAAUGCAUUAGUCUCCAUCUACGUGAUCAGUGUUCUUCACAAAUUACCACUACUGGAGCAACAGAGAAAUUAUACAGUUGGGCUGUAAAUAAAUUGUUAUCAUAUUCAAGUUAUUUAUAUCUAAUAAAUAAUUUAGAAUUGUUCAGAUUAUGUUAUGACUUUUAUAACAGUCAGUUUAUUUCAUCAAAUCUGGUUUGA